AUGUUGAAAAAACGUAAAUUUGUACAUGCUGAUGAACUUGAUACAUACCUGAAUAGCUCAUCAGCAAAUUUGGAUAUAGAUAUUUUAUUAUUUUGGAAGCUUCAUGAAUCAGAAUAUCCUAAUCUUUCAAAAAUGGUGAAGGAUUAUUUAUCAAUCCCUG